AUGUCUGGUAGAUCGAAGCGGCCGUCAGAAAGGGUCCCUAGAACAGGCAAAGAAAAAGAGGUAGUGAAUCCUAGUGAUGACACAACCGCUGAAUAUUAUGGCCGCACGGAACAAUCAUCCUCCGGCCAGACAUACCAGCCUGACCCACAUCAACGAACAGGCUUUGCAUCAGUCCCAGACCAAAGUGUAUCAGGAGACAAUUCAGGCUACGGUGGAACUUCAGGCUAUGGCGGAACUUCAGGCUCAUACCAGCCAUAUUCCACUCCUACCUAUAUGCCUCAAGCCUCCAGCUCAGCACAAGGAGUACCACUUCCGAGCUCAGUCCAAGGGGCAUCAGGAGACAACUCAGUUCUGGGGGAGCUUCAGGCCCAAAGCCCCCCUAUCCGAUUUAUACAUCAUUCUUCGUACCAGGGAGAAUGGAUUACGACACUCCAGGCUAUGACGCUGAGUUACAUCAAUACCACCUGGAAACGUCUCAACGCAAGACAAAACCUGGUACCAAGAUGGACCCUAAUCCGCCCAACAUGCCUCCAGGUCCAGGCCCAGCACAAGGAUGAUCAGGAAGCAGGAGCUCGGACAGGGUAG